AUGCGUGGAGAAUGGAAUGGAUUGAAAGCUUUAAUCUUGGAUGAAUGUCCUUAUGCUUAUUAUGUUCAUUGUUUUGCACAUCGAUUGCAAUUGGCAUUAGUAGCUUCAUCAAAGGAAGUCAUCCCAGUCCAUCAAUUUUUUACCAAGUUGAACUCUAUUAUUAAUGUUGUUGGGGCAUCAUGUAAGCGCAAUGACCAGUUGAAAGUUGCUCAUGCCUCAAAUAUUGCUCAUUUGCUUAGUAUUGAUGAGCUUGAAAGUGGGAGAGGUCUUAAUCAAAUUGGUUCUUUACAAAGGCCGGGUGAUACUCGUUGGAGUUCUCAUUUGAAGUCUAUUUCAAGUUUGAUGAGAAUGUAUAGUGCAACAUGUGAAGUUUUACUUAAUAUUGUUGAAGAUGGAACUACACAUGCUCACCGUGGAGAUGCCGAUGUAGCUUAUGAGGUACUCACUUCUUUUGAGUUUGUAUUCAUUAUGCAUCUCAUGAGAAAAAUUUUGGAGAUUUCAAAUAUGCUUUGCCAAGCUUUACAACUCCAAUCUCAUGAAAUAUUGAAUGCAAUGCAUCCUGUGUCAUCUACUAAAUUGCUUAUUCAAAAUUUAAGAGAUAGUGGAUGGGAUGAAUUAGUUGCAAGUGUGAAGUCUUUUUGUGAAACUGUCAACAUAACUGUGCCGGAUUUUGAUGCUCAAUAUAUUGCAAGAAGGGGAAGGGCUAGGCAUCAACAAGAUGAAUUAACAAUUGGGCAUCAUUACAAAUUUGAUAUUUUUAAUGCCGUGAUUGAUUCUCAGUUGCAAGAGUUGAACAAUAGGUUUGAUGAUAAAGCAAUGGAGUUAAUUAUUCUGAGUUCAUCGUUAGAUCCAAAAGAGAUGCGUAUAUCAUUCAGAAUUGAUGACAUUUGCAAGUUGGUGGAGAAGUUUUACCCUCAAGACUUUGAAGAUUAUGAGAUUUUACAACUGAGAACGCAACUUGAACAUUUUGAACAUGUGCAACAACUUCCUGAUUUCAUAACACUAGAAAGUAUUUCUGAUCUAUGCCAAUGGUUGGUGAAAACUAGAAAAUCGAACAUCUAUCCUCUUGUGUUCAGAGUAGUAACUCUCAUUCUCACACUUCCAGUAUCUACAGCUAUUACAGAACGAUCUUUUUCUGCCAUGAAUAUAGUAAAGACUACACUCCGUAUAUUGAAAAACAAAUUGCAAAACAAUUUAGUAUAG